AUGGGCGACGCCAAAGCACACCUGAAAGUUUCUUUCAGUGGAAUAAACAACUCUCGUGUGACACUUCCUCUCAGUGUAGAGCAGCUAGGCCUUCCAGAGCAAAAUCGUACAGGUGCUUUAUUCAGACAACAAGUGCUGCUGGAUACAGUUGUGAAUCUUGACCUGCCAACACAAGUCAUCCUUGAUGUCGAAGCCCAGAUCUUGGAGCUGAUCAACAUAGAGAUUGCUCAGAUGAUUUAA